UAUGUGUGUGUGUGUGUGUGUGUGUGUGUGUGUGUGUGUGUGUGUGUUCAGGCACGCCUUCAGUCGGCAUUCUGCUAACGUAGAGCUUGCGUAUGUUGUCAUAGGAAGGGAAAAAGAUGGCGUCUUUGUCAGAAAUGUACGAUGUGGGAUGGGAAGAGAUGAGAGACAAGUUACGUAAAUGGAGAGAAGAGAACUGCAGAAAUAGCGAACAGAUAGUGGAUGUUGGUGAAGAGCUCAUCAGUGAACAUGCAUCUAAACUUGGGGAUGACAUCUGGAUUAUUUAUGAGCAGGUGAUGAUCGCCGCAUUGGACUGCAGUCGAGAUGACUUGGCUCUGACCUGUCUACAGGAACUGAGGAAGCAGUUUCCAGAUAGCCACAGAGUGAAGCGAUUAACGGGAAUGAGGCUGGAAGCUUUGGAAAGGUACGAUGAAGCCAACAAACACUAUGAUGCCAUUCUCCAAGAGGACCCCACCAACACGGCAGCAAGGAAGCGCAAGAUUUCUAUACUGAGGGCCUUGGGGAAGAGCACUGAAGCCAUAAGGGAACUCAAUGAGUAUCUGGAGCAGUUUGUUGGAGACCAAGAAGCAUGGCAUGAGUUAUCAGAGCUCUACAUCAAUGAACAUGACUAUGGAAAAGCUGCGUUUUGUCUGGAGGAGCUGAUGAUGACCAAUCCUCACAAUCACUUGUACUGUGAGCAGUAUGCUGAGGUGAAGUACACACAGGGGGGGAUGGAAAACCUGGAGCUGGCCAGAAAGUAUUUUGCCCAGGCUCUGAGGUUAAACAACCGGAACAUGAGGGCCUUGUUUGGUCUGUAUAUGUCUGCAAGUCACAUCGGUGCCAGUCCCAAAGUCAGUGCCAAGGUGAAGAAGGACAAUAUCAAAUACGCUGCUUGGGCUGCUGCUCAGAUAAAUAGAGCCUACAAGCUGGCUGGUCGUGGGAACAAGGACAACAAAUGCUCCACAAAGGCAGUGGAGGAGAUGCUGGAGUCCAUGCAGAUCACCAUGUCAUAGAUAUCUGGUGUCACACAUUUCCUUUUUCUUUUGUUGAGUUGGAGCAACAUGGCAACUCAAUCAUCCUAGCAAUUUGACCAGACAAGUGUUUUCUUUUUUUCCACCUCUUAGAUUUUGUUUCUGUAAUUAUUAGAUUUUGAACAGACAAUGGAGGAUGCUCUCAAUAACUCAGAAACUAAAGUAAACCAUGUUGUAGAUAGUUACCCUGCUGGUCCCAGCUCCCGCCAGGUUUGGACUGUUAUCCAUUAGUACUGCAUCAACAUUGAGACGGUUCGACCAGAAAACAUAAGCUGUAAAUUACAUGCUAUUUAUGACAUUGUGGCUGUGAGCACAGCUUCCUCUUUGUUUGAAGAGUUAUCUGUAAAUUAAACUAAUAAACGUUUUUCAAAGUAGAACCAA